UUUAUUCAUUGGUUUACAAAAAUGACGUUUAAUUAAACUGCUUUGUAUUAUUCCUAUUAGUUUUAACAUCCUUUUUAAAAUAUGUAAGCUGUUUAUUAUUAUAAAAGAAGAAAUAAAAAACAAGAUCUGAUUUAGAAAGUGCAAACGUAAAUGUAGUGUUUUCCGUUUAAAUGUGAAACGUUUUAUACCUGCUUAGGUUUUAAUAUUAAAAAUAGCUUCACGUCAUUGUUGAAUACAUAAUGAGGUUGUUUAGGUACCUAGUUUAAAAUAUAAUUGAGCGGAAAGUGCGGGCGUUGAGCAUGGAAGAAGGAGAAAAUGAUCUCGAUCCUCGUAUACAAAUUGAGUUAGAAAAACUAAACACGGCCACUGACGAAAUAAAUAAAUUGGAAAUCGAACUCGAUGAGGCAAACACAACCUUUCGAAUGAUCUUAAACGAAUCGACUAGACGACUAAAAGUCCUCUCUAAAAAAUUAGGUGGUUGUAUCGACCGUGUCAGACCCUACUUUACUGCACUCGAAGUUGCCAAAAAGGCACAACACGAAUGCCAAAAGGCGGCCGUUAUCUUUCAACGAGCAAGCGAAAUUCACGCAGCUGCAAAGGAAACAGUCGCAUUAGCCGAGCAACGAUUUAUGAGCAAUAAGCACGAAUGGCAGUUUGAUAACGCAUGGCAGGAAAUGCUAAAUCAUGCUACUAUUAAGGUGAUGGAGGCCGAAAACGAAAAGGCUGAGAGCGGACGGGAGCAUCAGAAACGGGCCAUGCUCUUUAAUGCCGCCGAGCAAAAGGUUCAACAAUUAGAAGAUCGAUUACGCAGGCAUAUCAUUAAAGCGAGACCUUACUUUGAUGAGAAAGCUCUCUGCCAAGAACAAUUAGGCACCCAAAAGGAACGAAUUGAAAGUUUGCAAGAACAGAUCAAUAAAACUAAGUAUUCCUAUUCUGAGGCUUUAAAGAAACUCGAACAAAUUUCCAACGAAAUACAUAUGAAACGUAAGAGCUUAGGUAUUGCAGAAUGUGAAAACGAACUGUUGACGAGGCCGCGGGAACCUGGCGUCGGUGCCGAAUUAUGCGAAAGCUCCGGCCAGAUCGAUUUUGCCGCGAAACUUCAAUCGCUCGAUUUUAAUUCGGAAUUGGAUAAAUGCGAAGUGCACAGUAUGGGUUCAAUAAGUGGCACCGCCAGUUCGGCAGUUAGCGAAAAGGACGAGGACGAAGAUUUGGACGAUGAAUAUUUGGAUGAGCUAAAACUGAAAGUGAAGGAACUUGCAAUAAGGCCGAUCGACGGUGGCGAGGGGAAGAGUACUGAUGAAAUGUGGGAGUCCGAGCUGAAGCACACCGUCGACAAAUUGGACCAUAUGUUACUAAUGCAGGAAUGCGCAAAGGAAUUAAAUAGUUACGAGGAUGGAAAGCUGGUGACCGAUAAUUUUAAGACUGAUCAGGAUUUAACUCAAACAAAGUAGGCAGGUAGCUUAGCGAGACAAUGGUUUCUAGGACAAAAUGAGAUCGUCCAAAAUUGUAUAACUGUCGUAACUUCUCAUAUCAGUGACUACAGAUUUUAUUUUAAUUGUUAUUAAAUGUUUUAAGCAACCUGGUAAUGGCUCUAACAUUUUGAUAACGCCGUAUUUAUGCUUUGAUAGUACAAAUUUUUUUAUAUAAUUUUAUUACUUCAUUAUUUAAUGAUCAUUAAUUAUACUGUGUUUAAUGUCCAGUAGCGCAGAUCAAUUUUUGUUUUGUGUUAUUUAUACAUUGUGUGUAACAUUUAUGUGAAUAAAGUUAUUUACUUUU